GUAUCGGUCAAAUCGAAGCUUCAACAUGCCCCCCCCCCCCCGGGCAACCCCCUGGGCAUUUGACUUUUUUGAAAAUUAUUGUUCAAAUUCCCCCCUACCCGGGCCAAAAUGCCGUUCAAAUACCCAACACUAGGGUCCAUUCAGGUGAUCAAAUGCCCCCACCCUGGGGACAUUUCACAUGUACAGGCCCAAAAAUGACAGAGGAACGGCGGAAACGCCUUCAGUUGUCGAACAAAAUCUUUAUAAAUAUAACAAAAACUGAGAAACACUGUUAGCGUAUUUACUACGAACAAAAUUCUUGUGCAAAGCGGUGGAAAUCGCUGCUACAAGGUCACUGAAUGCUCAGCUUUUCUUCGUCAUGCAACAAAGCGUUCUAUAAAAAAGAUUCCACCUAUUGAGAUUACUACAUCAUGACCAUUUCACUGACAUGCAUCAUCGCUCACCUUAUUAAUUAACAUAUAAUCGAGGGUGCAGUUCAAAUUCCCCACCCCUAAAGCAUGGGGAUCAAAUUCCCCACCCCCUGGAAGACUCUGAUCAUCAAACUCCCUCCUCCCCGGGACGGCAAAGGUGUCAAAUGCCCGGGGUGUGCCCGGGGGGGGGCAUGUUGAAGCUUCGAUUUGACUGAUACAUAACGGCACUAAAGUUAAGCCCUGCCGGUCGGGGUUAAGAACUGAAUGGGUGACCAACCGCGAAUAUCGUCUUAAAGGUCCAUACGUUGUUCUUUCUUUUCUUCUCCUUCUUUUUUGCGUAUUAUGUGGUGUUAUUGUUAACAGUGUAUUGAAAAGCAGAUUUAGCAUUAUUUCGGCGCCCGGAUUUAGAAAAAGACAAAAACAAAGAAGAAAUCUGGCCCGGCGCAGUUCGCCGGAAAAUUAUUAUAGUUCGGGCCGUAAUACAGAGCUGAAACUUUGCAGACUUUGAUCUACAUAUAUCGGCGGGGAUGGGUUUUCGACAGUGAACGAUCACAACGCCUCUGAUUUCAAUCUCCUGUUCCUCUGUCUCUUGUUGUCGGCGUUACCUUCGCUGUGCUAAGCGAUGUUCCUUCUGCUACACGGUUUCUUGUUGACGUCUUCUCCUUCGUUGUUCACGCUGAAUUGGAAGUCGGCGUUCUCGCUCCAGAGGAAUUUCGGUGGAAAAUCUUCCUGGGCGAGGAUUUGGAGUCACUUGUUGUGCUUGUGUGUCAUUUGCAAAGGAAAUUGUUCGUGAUUCACCGAUGGUAAACUUUGAUUCACAGACGAUGAAUAAACACAUCAAAGUGCGCCUUGGUCAUCGGGCGGCGAACUCUAUGUUGCCUGGAAACGCAAAAUGCUCCAUGACGUCAUUGGCGGAUACCAAGCAUAUAUUCAGAGAAAGAAAGAAUUAUUUAUUUAUUUAUGAAGCCUCGAAUUUCGCAGCUGGCUGAGACCACGCGCGGUUAGCAGACUGCGCCCGCGUUUCGCGCGCGACAAGAUUAUAAAGUCGCUACGCUCGGAAUGACCCGUACAGCGGGCCCCAGGCGCCAUUUCGUUGGAAGACCAUAUGAAAAAAGUCCCGCACGAGGGCCGUACGCGUCAAGUGUUAGGGCAGAAGAAAGCGUGUACGGCCCUGCUGGAAAAGUGCACUGAUCGACGCGGGUUCGCACACCGUCAGAAAAAUUCAAAAACACAACGGUCAUGUAAUAAAAUGCUUAUUGAUUGAGUUAAGUAGGACGGGACAGGAAAAUUUUUGGUUUCCCGUCCGACCCUUCCACUCAGUUAAUAAGUACAUAAUCUUACAUACGAUAUCACCACCGAGUCAAACCAUUCAGUACAGUAUCCUAGUUUCGUCUUUUACUUAUCACUGAUUUCUAACUUGUUUAGGUUCUCUCCCUGAUGGCCGCAGUACGAUGAACGAAAUCUACGACCUGGAUGCGAAACUAACGGGUGUGGAAAUGGUUAUUACGGGAGCGGUGGUCUCUGAUUCAGGCACUUACGAGUGUAAAGGCACUAACACUCAGGGCACGGUUUCCAAGCAAAUUACGGUUACUGUUCAGGCUGGCGCAGCACCCAGCGGUUAAGAAGGUAAUAGUUAGAUCAUUGUAAAUAACAUUUCGGACUAGCAAUUAAGUCUUAGCUUUACCUUUUCUGAGAAAAUGACGACGAGAACGUCAACGAGAAGGAGUAUUUUUCUUCUUUUUCUUUGUUGCUUUGUUGUUGUUGUCGUUUUUUUUUUUUUUGCGGGGGGAGGGUCUGCAAUUAGUGCUGUCGCCUGCGAGCUGUGGGUAAAUACGACAAAGUACUGGUGCGUAAUUCGGAAAGCCGCUUGAAAACAGAAGAUGCAAGCGAAGUUUUAUAGUUUAUCGAUGAGUCUGGUGUAUUUUUUUCCUCGACUAGCGUUUGAAUGUUGUUCGUACUCUUUCUACAUGUGUAUACUGUUUAAGACUGGAUAGUUUAUUAAUAUUCUGUAAACCACCUUCUUCUACUGAACAAGAAAACUAACGCUAACAACGGUCUAUUUGAGGCUCAGAAUGCUGCAUUUUCUUCCGAGCAUAUAGUUCGCAACAUUAGCAAUUUGUCCGAGACUCUGAAUCAUUGUUUGCAAACGUGAAAAAUUUAGCUUUUCUUAACUAAUAUUUCUAAUAAAUUAUAAAAGUAAUUUUUCUAAAAUAAUAAUAUGCUGUAUAAUGACCAAAUUUAAGGUAAAAACUAAUUAUCAUAUAAUUGAAGGGUUUUUAUUACCGCCUAAAAUUACCAAUUUAAUCCUAACUUAAUGUCGAAUAGUCAGUAAAUUAUUACAAAUGUCGCUUUUUAAUUAAAGGUAAUAAAGCAACUUUAACGAUGUAUACAGCGGGACAUCAGGAAUCCUUGUUUUAAGACUUACACGUAAACUGUAAUUUUCAGUAUUUUUAACUGUAAUUACAACAUAACUGUACUCUCCUAACUGCCUAAUUAGGCACUUACACGCGUUGCAGUCGUGCAGCGACAGCAAAGAAAUGUACAAAAAAGGGUGAUGCGCGUGCAAAGUUGUUGUCUUGGUAAUCUUUACCUAUCACUUUUUGCCGUUCUCGUUGCCGUCGCCGUCGUCGUUGCAGCUCCCUUAUAGGUCCACCCCUAGUUUACAUCUACCUGUAAAAAAAUACAUCCAGUUAUAUAAGCCUCUCAUUUUUUUUCUUCAAUUUUUUACGAUGUUUUGAAGCUUAAAUGACUGUAAUGAAGCUUGUUUUCAAAUGCGUUUUUUACUCAAGUUAUUAGCUCCCAGGAUCCCCCAACAUUUAGAAGUCCUCCCAAAAUCCCUUAUGAAGUUUUAUAAGCCCAGAGCUUAUAAGCGGAAGUUUACGGUAUGGCAAAAGACUUGUUAAGUGUCGUAACAAAACAGAAAGAUGUUAGCCGACCUUUUUUUCGUUUGUGCAAAGAGGUCCCUGGGUUAAGUCAUAUCGUGCAUGUUUUGACGUAUUUGUUAUUCUUCCUAUUCCACAGAUAAUCUAAACUAAAGUAAAGAAGACAUUACAUAGAAAUUUCGCAAGCUUUCCAAAGACAGUUAUAUUAUUUCAUUAUUGUCUAUUAUGUUGUAGUCUCAAAAAUAAAAGUCCGU